AUGACUGCUCCUAUCUCAACAAAUGCGCCAAAUGGCACCACUAAUGGCGCAUUUUCAGGCGUAUCGCUCAACGAUCUGCCAAAGACAAACACAUUCACAUCCAAUCUCCCCUCGGACUCAGCUUUCAAGACACCAUCUAUCUCACACAAGGCGCCGCGCGAUGGACUGGGCCCUCGAAUCGUCAAAGGCGCACUGUACACCUAUGUCAGACCUGAAAAGGCUGAUGAGCCGGAGCUAUUAAGUGUUAGCCCUGCAGCGAUGCAUGAUAUUGGCAUGAAGAAGGCUGAAGACGAGACGGAAGGCUUCAAGCAAUUUGCAGCAGGCAAUAAAAUCUUCUGGGACGAAAAAACGGAGGAGGGAGUCUAUCCCUGGGCGCAGUGCUAUGGAGCAAUCUCAUUGUUCGAAACAACAAAUCCAACGACGAGCGCGCGCUAUGAGUUGCAGGUAAAAGGUGCUGGAAGGACACCAUAUUCGAGGUUCGCCGAUGGCAAAGCUGUCCUGCGGUCCAGCAUUCGCGAAUACGUUGUUUCUGAAGCUCUCAACGGUCUCCACAUACCAUCGACCCGCGCGCUGUCGCUUACGCUGCUUCCCAAGUCCAGGGUUGUCCGUGAGCGCCUAGAGCCAGGUGCGAUAGUGGUCCGAUUUGCGCAAUCUUGGCUCAGGAUAGGCACAUAUGAUAUACUACGUGCACGCGGCGAUCGCAAUCUGAUCCGGCAGCUAUCGGAUUACGUUGCCGAGAAUGUCUACGCUGGUUGGAGUUCGCUCCCAUCCGCGUUCAACGCCUCCAAAUCGCCUUCGGUUGCAAGCGUACCAAAAGACACCAUCCAAGGUUCAGCCGAGACUGAGGAGAAUCGCUAUACCCGUCUCUACCGCGCCAUUGUCCGCCGCAAUGCUCUCACCGUGGCCGCCUGGCAAGCCUGCGGCUUCAUGAAUGGCGUAUUGAACACGGACAACACGUCACUCCUCGGUCUGUCUCUCGACUUUGGACCCUUUGCAUUUCUUGACAAUUUCGACCCUAGCUACACUCCCAACCAUGAUGAUCACAUGCUUCGCUACAGCUAUAAGAACCAACCCUCCGUGAUCUGGUGGAAUCUUGUUCGGCUAGGCGAGAGCAUGGGUGAGUUGAUCGGCGCAGGCUCUAAAGUUGACGACGAAACCUUUAUCUCCAAGGGUGUCACUGAGGACUUCGCACCCGAGCUCAUCAAACGCGCCGAAACACUCAUCCAGAACAUUGGCGAAGAAUACAAAGCUGUAUUCAUGACCGAGUACAAACGCCUCAUGCGUGCACGGCUAGGCUUGAAGAGCGAGCAGGACUCUGACUUUGAUGACCUGUUCUCCGAGCUCCUUGACACCCUCGAAGCAGCCGAACUCGACUUCAACCACUUCUUCCGACGCCUAUCAUCCCUCCGACCCUCUGAUCUAGAGACGGAAGAUCAAUGCAAAGCCAAAGCUCCCAUUUUCUUCCACAAAGAAGGUGUCCCCUCUACCGCUACGCUCAAUGAAGAAGCCGCCCGCGAGCGCAUGGGCAAAUGGUUACGAAUCUGGGCAGAGCGGGUGAAGAAGGACUGGGGCACUAAUCCCGUCGGCCAGGAAGAGAGGGAGAAGGAGAUGAAGGGUGUGAACCCGAAAUUUGUGCCUCGAAGUUGGAUCUUAGAUGAGAUUAUUCGAAAGGUGGAAUUUGAAGGGGAGAGAGAAGUUCUGACGAGGGUCAUGCGUAUGGCGACAAACCCAUUUCAGGAGCGGUGGGCCGAUGGCAAUGACAAAGAAGCGAUAGCGGAAGAGGAGAGGUGGUGUGGUGAUGUGCCGAGAGAGGGGAGGGGAAUGCAGUGCAGCUGUUCCUCAUAG